CUGCUUACAUAGAGGAAAAGGUAAUGCAGCCCUCAAAUGUGCUAUAGCCUUGGAAAUUCAAAUGGAAGAUAUUACUAAAUGGAAUAACUCCCAAAAUAAAAAUCAACCUCGUGUUAAUACCAAUGCGAUUGAGGA